AUGAAUGCCUCAUUUGGAACCAAAAGAGUUGUCCAAUGUGAAGUUGUUUUUGUUUGCAAUUGCAUUGUUCAUCAACACCCAAAAAUGAAGUUGAUCUUGAUUGGACAUCAAAAUUUCGCAGUCAUAACAUUUUGUGAUGAAAGUUUAAAACCACAUAAAGGCUAUUGGGCACCCGUAAUCAGACCCUAUUUUAUCGCACCCACACCAAACGACGAAGCCGUCAUAAAGUGUCCAGUUGGUCAAACCACAACUUGGACCUAUAAAGCUACUACAAAGAAUCCAAAGGAUGACGUAUAUAUAUUCUCGGUAAAUAGACCACACGGUCUUGAUAUCUCCAAACAAAACGGUACCAACCCAGCAGUCGUUAACGUCAGCUGGAAACCAAAAUCAAAUCAAAUCGGUACCUAUAAACUAUUGGUAGCCGUAACCAAUAUUGAUUUCGUACUUUUCUGGGAUACUUUAAGUAUUACAUUGGUUGUUGAACCACAACCAUGUGGUAAUGGUGCACCAAGAAAAGGAUGUAAUCCAAAGAAAGAGAAUUGUUGUCAAUGCGAUCCAGGUUGGGAUCCAGCUUCCUCAUGCUAUGAGUGUUUGCCAGGAUACUUUGGAAACAAUUGUGAUCCGGAUCCCCCAUGUGUAAAUGGUAUUGUGAAUUCCGGUAGAACUGGAAACGGUCAGUGCGUCUGUAACUUUGGAUGGACUGGUGCUUCAUGUGAUAUUCAAUUGCCACCACGUUGCGAUCCAAAUGCCAAAUCUAGAAUUGUCACCUCCACUUCAUCGCCAUACAACUAUUUGAACCCAUACGAUUUGUUGAUCUAUCUCGAACCAAACAAUCCAAAUCUUCAGGUUCCACUCCAGCUGUCACAAUACUCACAGAUUCCAAAGAUCGAUAUCUAUCUCUUGGUUGACACCAACGUAAAGCAAUGGAGAUGCAGCGAAGAUCUUAUUGCAUACGUUGAUCACCUCAUGUUCAAAUUUGCAGUCUACAACAAAAACACAAAGUUUGGUUUGGGUCUAUUCAGUGACUCGCCAACCAAAGGUUUCAACUUUGAGCACAAAUACGCUAUUGGAUCGAUGGUAAAGAGAGCUUUCAGAAAGGAAACUUUCACCAGUUCCUCUACUUCUACCGGUAACAGUUUGAUUGCUCUCAGUCUGGCAUCGAAUGCCACUGUUGGAUGGCGUGCAAGCUCAUAUCGUUCGAUUGUUGUCAUCACCGACAAUGAUUGUGCAGCUUUAACCAAUUCUCUGGUCGCCACAACUCACUCUAACCUCGUUGAGAACUACAUCAUGCCAACUGUCAUCUCAAUGGGUAGCGACGUUCCAAACUGGAAUCAAUUCGUACAGGCCAACGGUUUCGGUGUUACCGACAAGACAACCGUAUUCGGCAUUGACUGGGUUAUCAGAGGAUACCACUCGAUUCUCAAUUCAUUCCGUCAGGUAUCACCGGAGAUUGUCGGAGAUUCUCGUUCAUUCUUGCCAUCGUUACCAUCGAACUUCCAAAUUCCAUGGUACUCAACCAAGCCAAUCACCAUCCCAAUCAACCUCCAAUUGCCAGCUCAGGUCUCUUCGCCAGCCGACGUCGAAUUCGAUAUUUCGCUACCGGGUUACGGAAAGUCGCAUUUCCACAUCCAAUUCAACAGUCCCCCAGUUGCUGCACCUCUUACCUUCACCGAGACUACCUUUGAUCCAAUCACUUUCACACUUCCAGUUUCCGACCCAGAUCAAGACACUCUUCUCGUUCAAUUCCAACUUCCAAUUCAAGGUAUUCUGUUUGACUCGAACAACAACAGCAUCGACCCAACCGCUUUUUACCCGGCCACCACCCAAUUUGUCUUAUAUCCACUUCAUCAAGUCAACUUCACAGUAACCAUUGGCUACUCUGUCAACGAUGGAUGUACCACAGUCUCUAGCUACAUUCAAGUCGAUAUCAUCAACACCAACACUGGUCCAGUUGCCAAUCCACUCCAUUUUGACGCCAUGAACUACGCCGAUAUCUCAUUCGUUCUUCCAGUAUCGGAUCCAGACAACAACCCACUCCAAGUCAGAUUCAACGCACCAACUGAUGGAAUGAUUUUCAUUGGAAACCAAACAAUCACCGAUGAUUUGUACUACCCUGCCUCUACACAAUUCACACUCAAAUGGUCUGCACCAUUGACAACUGUUGAAUUCCAAUAUCAGUGCACCGACGGUCAAAGCACCGCUACAUCGGUUGUCUCUGUUCUUUUGAUCAACAGACCACCAGAGGCUGCACCAGUCGUACUCACUGCAACCACCACCGACGAGCUCUCAUUCACUCUUCCAGUUUCCGAUCCAGAUUUAAAUCCAAUGAGUGUAUCGUUCACCUCGAUCCCAGUGUUUGCAUCGAUUGAGCUCAUCGAUGGUACACGUGUAGUUGAAAACGUUCUCUACCCAUCGGCUAGCACCUUUGUUUAUACUCCUUCAUUCUCGAAUCCAUCGAUGUAUGCUACCUACUCUGUAACCGACGGUUAUCUCUCUGCAUCAUCCUAUGUCAACAUUACAUUGUUGGAAACCCCACCAGUUGCACCGUUUGUCAAUCUCACAGUUCCAGGUGUAGACAACCACUACGACUUCACCAUUGGAGUAUCCAAUGCCAAUCCAAACGAUGUCCUUUCCAUUAAAUUCUCUGGUCUCUCCACUCAAGGAUUUAUCGCAACUCGUAACGGCGCCCCAAUCGUAGAGGGAACUUACUACCAAACCAACUUGUUCACCUUUGUUGCCACCAACAAUGUUGUCUACUCUGGAUUCUACACUGUUUCCAACGGACAAUUUGAAUCAUCAAACAACCUCGCCGUUCUAUUCGAGAAUUUGCCACCAGUUGGUCAACCAAUUGACAUCAUCACUGAGAAUCUUCAACCAAAGCUCUUCACUAUCCAAGCUUCCGAUCCAGAGAACGAUCCGGUCUACUACGAAAUCGAUCCACCAGUCAAUGGAACUCUCAGAGUCUACAAUGGUGCAGUGAUUACCACCACCUUUGCUUUCACUGGUGCCAAGGAUUUCGAGUAUACACCAAACCAAGAGUCCGACUACUUUGCCUACCGUUACAAGGAUGCCUAUCAUCCAUUCACCGACAGCUACGUCAGAUUCCGUCAGAGUCAACCACCCGUUGCUCCAUAUUUGUAUUUCGAGCGCCAAAACUACGAUCCAUUCAACUUUACUAUUCCAGCUUACUCACCAGUGUUCCCAGCCAGUGAGCUCAUCAUCCAGAUCGUAAUCAUCCAACCAAUGGCACCACUCUAUGCCAACGGUCAACUAGUCGAUUACACCAGCAACUACACCACCAGUACAGUGUUUACUCUCCACCCAAUCGAACAAACCGGUGCCAUUGUCUACUCUGCAUUCGAUGGAAUCGGUUCCACCUAUGGUCCAAUCAACUACACCAUGACAAACCUUCCACCCUCGACAUCCAACUCGAACUACCAAAGAUACGAUUUGCAACCAUUUGCAUUGUCCUUCCAGAACAAUGCUCAGUCACCAAGAGGUCACUCACUCUUUAUCUACAAGUUUGUUAAUUCCGCUAAUGCCAACUACCGCUUGGUAACAGCCAACAACAACCAAACAGUUGAUCCCAACGGAAACUACUCGAUCAACACCCAGUUCAACUUUAUGCCAACCGGUGUUUGGGGAACUGCCUUGAUCGAAGGUUACGUUACUGACAACUAUCUCCAAGCUCCAACUCCAUUCGUAAUCAAUGUCACCUUUGCCAAUCCACCACCAAUGGGAGUCAACUACUCAACUUCAUGGCCCUCGAAGGAUCCAAUGACCAUCUACAUUCCUUCAUACGAUACCGAGCCCUACACAUUUGUUUUCAACUCGAUCCCUCAGGAUGUAGAUGGAUUCAAAUUGGUUUAUGAAAACACUGGCCAAUAUGUACCAGUAGGUCAGCCAGUCGACCCAAUGUCAAUGUAUACUGCCUACCCUGGUACUCUCAAAAAGCUUGUUCUCCUUUACACAUUGGCCGAUCAAUACUAUUCCAAUGUCUAUAGUUACACAGUCAUCUUUGCUGCCAAUCAGUAA